ACAGUAAAUUCCUGGAAAAUACUAUACUUGCAUACCUAUACUUUUUUUAAAAAUAGUUAUUUUUGCUGUGUGGUACGAGUACUUUUCUUCAGUAAAACAUCUGAAUACUUCCUCCUGACUCCUAAAUUCUCCUCCUCUGUCAGCUCACAGCUCCUCCUGCGUGCUGCUGAAAGCUGAAAGAGUUAAGAAGAUUUGGCAGCUCCGCGGCAACCAGCCAGCCGCCCGAUGAAAGUGCAGUCCUCAGUCCAGUCUCCCGGGAAUAUUUUCCCGUCAUAUACUCAUUUUCCUGCACAAGUUUUGGGACUAAAACCUGCAGGAGCUGGAGGAUAAAAGCUGGUGGCAUCCCAAGAUUCACAUGUAAAGGUGUUUCUUGUCCUUGUAAGCAGUAAGCGGCUGGUUGGGGUCAAAGGUCGGGGGUCCAGUGACCAUGAGGCAGGCGGUGGAGGCUCAGGUGUUGAACCCCCACUGUGAACUUGGAGAACACGGCCUGCGUCAGAUCCUCAGCGAUGUGAUCAAGGAAGUGCAACAGUCGGUAAACCAGGACAUCGACGGCGCCGAGAUCCUCCACAGUCUCCUGAACGCCUCCUGGCUGCAGUCGCUGCUCAAGGUUUAUGAGUGUCUUCAGAGGUACCUGAGAGACUCUCCAGCACCAGCUCUGGACUACGCGUCAGGACUUUCACUUCAGUUGCUGAUCGACAUCAGAGCGUUGCCCGGCUGCUCUGAAGAGGCCAAAGAGCUCUACCGCCUCCUGAGACAGCCGCAUCUGCAGGCUUUCCUCUCAGCUCAUGAUACGGUGGCCCAGAAGGACUAUGAGCCGGUGCUGCCUCCGAUGCCAGACGACCUGCCUGACGACGAGGAGGCCACCAGGAUCGUCUGCCUGGUCAAAAACAAACAGCCUCUGGGAGCGACCAUAAAGAGAAACGAGAUCACGGGGGAGAUUUUUGUCGCUCGGGUGAUUCAUGGAGGGCUGGCUGAUCGGAGCGGUCUGCUCCAUGCAGGUGACAGGAUCAUCGAGGUGAAUGGUUUUCCUGUGGAUGGUUUGGAACCUGAGCAAGUUAUACAAGUUGUGCAAGCGAGGUCACAAGGCACCAUCAUGUUCAAGGUGGUCCCCAUCACAGAAAGGCCGAUCCACAACCAGACCAUGCUCUACGUGCGGGCCAUGGUGGACUACAGCCCCCAGCAGGACCCGGCCAUCCCCUGCGCCGACGCCGGCAUGAGCUUCAGAAAAGGAGACGUCCUGGAGAUCGUGGACCAGACGGACGCCCUCUGGUGGCAGGCCAAGAAACUGCCCAGUGACACGGCCUGCGCCGGCCUCAUCCCCUCCACCAACCUGCUCAAACGGAAGCAGAGGGAGUUCUGGUGGUCUCAGCCUUAUCAGCCACAUGCCUGCAUACAGACCUUGAGCACUGUAGAGGAAGAGGAAGACAUGAUGGCCAUUGAUGAUAAAUGUGUGGAAGCAGAUGAGGAGGCUUUUGAAUCUGAGGAGCUCAGAGAAGAGGAGGAUGACUUCAGCUGCAACAUUGAAGGGAUCUACUUGGCGGGCUUCAGGCGCAGCAUGCGUCUGUGUCGGCGGCGCUUCCACAGCACCACCCAGCCGUCCUGCUACACCCGCUGCCCCGUCACCUGCCUCAGCUCCCUCAACAGCCCCUACGAGGAGGUGGUGCGCUACCAGCGCCACCCGCAGGACGCAAACCGCCUCAUCGCCCUCUUAGGUCCAUCCGGUGUGGGCGUGAAUGAUCUUCGGAGGCGCUUGAUUGAAAUGAAUCCCAACAUCUUCCAGGGAGCGAUACCUCACACCACAAGAGCACCCAAAGGAUACGAGGAGUCUGGCAGGGAAUAUUUCUUCACCAGCAGAGAAAUGUUUGACAACAUGAUGUAUAACAACAGGUUUCUGGAGUACGGGGAGUACAAAGGGAAUCUGUACGGCACCAGCAUCGAGUCUGUGAGGGACGUCCUGAACAGCGGAAAGAUCUGCAUCAUCGACAUUGAGCCGAAUGCCAUUCAGGCAGUGAGGAGUCACCCGCUGAGGGCCUACAUCAUCUACGUGAAGCCUCCGCCGCUGGAGCGCCUCAAAGAGACCAGACAGGACUCGUACAUCACCACCAACUACUACGUCAACAGACCGUUCAAAGACGAAGACUUCCAGGAAAUGGAAGAAGCCGCUCGGAAGAUGGAGUCUCACUUCUGUCAGUUUUUCGACCAAGUGAUCGUCAACGAUGAGCUGCAGGACUCCUGCGUCCAGCUGCUGACGGCGGUGAGGAGAGCGCAGGACGAACCGCAGUGGGUCCCUGCCAGCUGGAUACGACCCACCGCCUAGUCGUAAGAAGGGACGGAGGAGGAGGAGGAGGAGGAGGAGGAGGAGGAGGAGGAGGAGGAGG